CAAGGACGGCACGCUCAAGAGUUUUUUAUUUACCCAGGCCAAAACCUGAAUGGCAGUUACUGGUGCCAGUGUCCUGCUGGAUUUACUAACUUUAGCAAAAACCAAACUAAGUGUGUAGGUGAGAGUCAAGCACCAUUCCACCUGUCGUCCAUGAUGUACUCCUUUAUCAUGCACAGGUCUGUACAUAGUGUACUGUAGAAGGGUAUUGAGAUAAUGUCUCCAUGUUUUUACUUUAGAGCUUAAUUGUGACCAGUAUGAAACACAGCCUGGACAGGUAAAGCUUUACUUUAGAAAUAUUACAUGUAAAAUGGGGUUUUUGGAUAUAAAUAUGAACUUGAUCGAACAAAAAAAUGCAUGUAUUGUCUAACAUGAUGUCCUAGGAGUGUCAUCUGAUGAAGAUUGUCAAAGGUUAGUGCUUAAUUUUAGCUGUAUAUCUGGUUUUGUGACGGCUAUCAGUGCAUGGAAAAUGGCUGUGUUUAGCAACAACAACAAAAAAGUGCUGUCCUAAAAUAAUCUACUAUUUUGGUUUCACCGUAAAGCCUUUUUGAAAUCGGACAAUGUGGUAGGAUUAACAAGAGGAUUAUCUUUAAAAUGCCGUAUAAUACUUUAAUUUCUAUUUUGAGAUUUGUUUGUUUUUGAAUUUCGCGCCGUUGUAUUUCACUGGUGGUUGUCCAACUAAUCCCGUUACCGGCAUUUUAUGACGAAGGGAUCCUCAAGAAGUUAAUUGAGAAAAGGGUAUUUUUCCUUGAUCUUGAAAUGUUUUUAUGCAUUUUCCUCCCAGACUCUACCAGGCUUUGACAGUUUAUUGUCUCUGUUGAAAAACAACUGUUUGGUGUUGAACAACUCUACGUUGUCUGGACCUACAAGACCGCUGUCAACUGGAGAUGUGCUUUUGACAGUAAGUCACCACACAGAAACACACAUGCAAAUGCACACACACACGUACAAAACCCUUAUGUCUCUCUUCUCUGGUUAAUACCACUGAUGUUCUUCAACUGGGCCUCCAGUCCAAUGGUCACCGUAGUAGCAGUGAAGUGACUAAGUUACUGAGAACGAUUGAAAUCUCGAUCAGACUGAUCGUUCCACUGCUGACAGAGAACAUGACCAGGAUAGAGACCAACCACACAGGUAACACACACACACUGAGCACAUAUUUACAAUGGGGCGGCAGGUAGCCUAGUGGUGAGAACGUUGAACCGGAAGUUUGCUUGAUCGAAUCCCCGAGCUGACAAGGUAAAAAUCUGUCAUUCUGCCCCUGAGCAAGGCAGUUAACCCAUUGUUCCAUGGGCGCCGAAGAUGUGGAUGUCGAUUUAAGGCAGCCGCCCGCACCUCUCUGUUCAGAGGGGUUGGGUUAAAUGCGGAAGACACAUUUGAAUACAUUCAGUUGGACAACUGACUAGGUAUCCCCAUUUACUGACUGAUUUCUGGUCUGUGUUGAUUUUGUCAUUAUGUUGAAAAACAGAGGCUGAGAUUAUGGUGAGGAGAGAUCUGACUCCAUCUGAAGGACCAGUCAGCCUGACCAAUGAGAACACUCAAUUUGACACCACCUGGGAGAUGGUGGUUGGAGAUGACCUGAAUUACCCAGGGUUUGCGUUUGUUGUUCUGUUCAUCUAUAAGAAUCUGGAUAGUCUGAAGGACAACACUUCUCAUCAGAGCCAGCAGCUCAUGUCCAGUGCUGCGACAGUGUCCGUUAGCAACUCCAACACAACAAACCUGCCCCAACUGAUUAAUCUCACCUUCAAUCACCUGCAGUCCAGUGAUGUUGACCCCACCUGUGUUUAUUGGUCGAGUGAGAAUGGACCGGGGGUGUGGUCUGGGCGGGGUUGCACCUCAGUGAUGUCAAACUCCACCCACACUGUGUGCUCCUGCAGCCAUCUCAGCACAUUCGCUCUGCUGAAGGGAAUCCAUCAGAAAAAGGGAAGCGGGCAGCUGUCGUUGGUGAUGUGGGGGGGGGUUUUGUGGCACUGACCUGUGUGGUCCUGUCCCUGAUCACAACCCUGUGGUGUCGCUUUGCCAGCCGCAAACGCCAUAGAAAAUAAGACAUGGAUUUGAACUAUUUCUGUUAUAAGAAAAGCUUUACUUGGAAUCCAUUUGUAACAGUGUCUCUUGGCUUGCAAGGACAUCCAAUUGCCAGAAUUUGUAUUUAUUUAAGUAGUAUAAAAAUGUACCAAACAAAAACAUAAGUACACAACUUUAUAUUAAUAGAUAUACAAUAUUCCAUGUAUAGAAGUCUUAUCAGUUCUGGACUGUAAUAGAUGAGCUCUCAUCUCUAUGGCAACAUACAUAAGUCAUUUCAGUCUCAUAAACAUGGUUUGUAAUUUGUAGAGAUGCGAAUAGUGGUAUAUCCACUCCAUGCUGCAUUUGACCAGUAUUAUGCCACUUGGUGGUUGUUGUAACUGAGUUAUUUUAAGUGAAAGUAAUAUUUUUCCUGUUUAUUAUACAGUGCUUGAAAAGGUAUUUUAUAUUAUUUCCUUCAUUCUGAUUUAAAUGUCUAAAUAUGAGCUGUUUGUUUUGUAAAAAAAUAAAGCA